AGUAGUUUUUUGAACAUUCGCUACGUGGUGUCUUGUCAAUCUAUGUAUUAAAUCCCAGUCUAUUAAAUUAACAUACAUCAUUAAAAGGUUCACAAGAAUUAAAAAAUCAUUUUAUUUUAUACAAAUUUAUACUUUGUAUAUAGAUAACUUUUACCUUUCAGUUAGUCUUAACGAUAAAACUUGAUAUUUAUAGCAUUUGUUUAAAUGAACGACAAAAUUGACAAUGACACAAAAUAACAGAAAACGUGGAAGAAAUCCCAAAGAAGAAGAAAUGGAAUUCAUGCCUCUAUCGAAAAGAAUCAAUAAUCUCCAUAUCAACACCUCCAUGAUAUUAGACAAUGCUAGACUUUCCAAUAGUUUAAAUAACGUUGAAUGGGGUCCCGGUCCUCCUAAUAUCUUAAAUUACCUCCCAGAAUCUCCUCCUAGCUCAGAACAAAGUGUUGAUCUCAACAUUUUACACUACCAUCAAAAUGAUUAUUCACCGGAUUUGACAGAAUCUGAAAACCCACAUUAUUUCAAAAUAAAUAAAUUGCUUUUCGAAAUGUACAUUGAAAGGAUGCAAAGGGGGUGCCAUAAUACUUAAGACUAAUUUUAAAGUACUUGUUUCUGGAGUUUUAUAUAGGAUUAUAAUGAGAUAUGUUUUUGAAUUGUGAAAAAUGGUUUCUAGAACUAUAUUUAAUGAUUAUAUUUUUGCCAGUCUGGUACGAAGUUUGGAAAUUCUGUUACAAUCCAAACAAACUCCAUUUUUAUUGUUAUUUUCGCUAGAUUUAAAUCGUAAGUAUUUCAGUUUCUUCAAUAUUAUAAUUUAUAUUUUUUUAAUUUCUGAUAAUAGUCACAUGAACAAUGUUACAAUAUUGUUAAAUUUGUAACAAAAUUAGUAUUUUUCUAAUUAUCGAUCAUUGGAUUGUGAUAAAAACUCGAUUUUUAGUUCAUAAAUUUGUUCUGUGGAUUGUAUAUACUUUAGACUGGUAACUUUGAAUUCCAAUGACUGUCUCGAACCUCUUUCAUUGUAUUUAUUUUAAUUAUUUCUAUGUAUUUAUUAUUAAACUUGAUAACUAUGAAAUAUAUAAGAGUUUUAUUUAGUAAAUACUCAAUCCUGAAGCAUUUCUACCUUUUCAGGUGUAAGGUAAGUUCAAGUUGAAUCAUUAACUUUUCACAGCAGUUUCCAUUUCUGUGUCUUUUCUUGCUUUCGUAUUCCUCGAUUUUUCCCUGCUAGCUUAAGUUCUUCUGUCAAGCUUCUUGUAAUUUCAUGCUUCAUAUAUCUUCUUUAUUAAUAGUUCUACUCCCAUGUGACCAAACCAAUUCAAUUUUACUUCUAUUUUGUUUCAAUUGUUUUGGAAUCUAUUUUUUUCUUGUAGUGUUAUUCCUUAUUUUCUUGUAUUUUGACUUAUUAUCUUUUUUCUUCAGAAAUCUCAUUUUUGUACUUUUUAUUAUACUUCUUCUUUAUUUUUUGUUCCUGUGUGACUGUCCAUGUCCAUUAUUUAUUUUGGUAUUUCCUUUUUAGUUAGGAUUUAUGUCUUGAUUGCAUUGAAUAAUAUUCUGCUGCACUAGUUCUCUUGUAUAUCUCUUGUUCCAAUCUCCCAUCUUGGUUUUUCAGGUUUUUUUAAGAGUUUCAAAUCAUUUAAUGAGUUGAAGUUUUCAUAUAAAUAACAGAAGCAUAAUUUAACCUAAUCAAACCUAUGCUUAUGAGUUAUUUUCAUUAUUAUAAAUGUUGUGCGAACAAUUAUCCAGUUAUUUAUGCUACCCAACGACAUCUCUUAAUUUUUUGACCAAAUUUUGAAGCUAAAGAUUCAUCUCUUUCAUAGAGUUCUUACCCUAAAUUAAUUAUUUGGCAUAAUAAUUCCAAUUCCGGUACAGUGUGUAGACACUGCUUAAAAUCGACUGAUGCACAAUCGAAAUGAGUAUCGAUUGUUACUAUAGUGAAUUGGCUUCACACGUGUUUUCUACGUACUACGAAAUUUACUGAUUCCUAAUUAUAACU